UGGCCAUCUGAUUUUUUGUUCAACAGCAACAGUUGAACACUGUACAAGCACAUACUCACUAAAGAUGGCUUUCUCAGGCAAAUAAUGGAACCAACCAAAAAGCUACUUUUCGCUAUUGUCAUGUUGCAGGUUUACAGACAUUAAAAUUUUAAUGGAAUCGAAAUGAAAAAAUAAAUAUAAUAGUAAGAAAGGGUCCCAUUUCUGCCAAUGCCAUUGCUUCGCUUUCAAGACCAAUCAACUUCCUCUCCAGAUUUUGGCUGAGUAACAACUUUUUCUCCUUCAAGAUAAAGCUAGAGAACAGUUUUCCUCUUCAUUUCUCUCUCUCUCUCUCUUUCUAGUAAUUGGAAAUACUGAGUUUGAAGUUAUUGAUGUGAAUGAAUAGAUUCUCGACUAUAAAGUCCAGUUGCAGAGAUGGGUAAUUGUGUUACAGUUCAGAAGAAGUCACUUAACUCAGAAAUGAAACUUGCAGUCCAAAUUCAAUCACCCACCAAGGAGAACACAACCAAAAACGACCAAAAAACUGAUGGCCACUGUUUCUUGCCUCAAACUUCACAAAUAGGACAUGCGGCUAGUUUUCGAGACUUGAGUUUGAGUAGUACAGAGGAAAUGUUUUUGGAUUCUCACCCCUGGUUAGAAUCUGAUUGUGAAGAUUACUUCAGUGUCAAUGGUGAUCUUACUCCAUCUUGUAUCAACACUCCAAUCUGCCAUAAGAUCUCCACGGAAAUUCAGCUUGAUAAGAUUGUUUAUACUGACACCAGACCGACACCCGAUUCCUUACCUGAACCUUCUCCUACAGAAAUGAAAAAACAACUGAUUGAGCUCUUUCGAGAGAGUUUCGGUGAUAGUCGUAGUGAUGGAGAUCAACAGUUACACGGGCAGCAGAAAGUCAAACCAACUGUUUUUGACCUCCCUAGAAAAUCUGCAAGUAGAAGUCCAUAUGAAUCAAUUCCAAAUUCUGUUUGCAGUAGUGAAAGAAGAACUCCUUACAGAGGAACCCAUCCUGGGAAAGAGAAAUCAUCUCAAUAUUCUCAGUGCUGCAUUCCAAGUUUGAUGCGCAGCUUGAGCUUUACCGAGAAGAAGAAAAGGCUGAGUUCUGCCAGUGCUUGAGAAUUGUAAGUGAAGCUCUUUCACUACUUUGAGAGGUUUUACUUCUAAACUAGUGUUCCUGUAAGAAGCUAAAACCUGAAAUCCUUUUCAGUUGUUGUUGUCAAUAGAAAUAUUUAUACAGAGUGAUCUAUGGACUAAGUUUUUUGUAUCAAUUUCUUGUUCUAGUAUGUGGGGUUCAGUCUUUCUUUA